UUCACACAACCUGGUUGCCAGCACAUUGCUUGCUGAGGGAAGACAAUCUUCAUUAAUUGAUUAACUUUGUGGGUAGGCAUUAUCAGAGCGAUCAUUCUGUGAAGUCAACAGGGCAAUUUCCCGAAUCCGAGGGGAAAAAAUGGGCAGAUGGCUAGCUAGACUUUGCUGGUGAAUCGCGGGUUGUCCCCAUUCUUCUUUUCAAAUUAAAUGUCAUAUUGACUCAAGACCCGUCCUAGAAACAUGUGGCGAACUGCAGUGCAUUGAUCCUGUACAAUGUAUGCUUCAAGCUGGAAGAAAACCCAAAACCAAAUCUCAUCUGGCUAAAAAAUAUCUUCUACCAAAACCCCUAGUACCUCCUAAACCUGUGCAUCUCCAGGCAGCCGGGCAGCAGAAAAUCCCCCCAGCACCAUCUCGACCUUUGCCAGCAGAUCCCAAGUUACUGAAAAGUCUUGCGGUCGAAGAAGAAAAACAUACAUCGGCAGACAUCAGUAAGCUCAUCAAAAAAUUUGAAAGUAUUAGGCAGCCUAUUGAUGUUCACAGAAACCAAUUAAGUUUAGCUUUUAAAAUGGAACCUGGAACGGACUUGUCCAAGCAGUGUUCCCCCACCACCUGUGAUGUAAUAUCUUCCAGUUCCUCUCCUACAAAUGAAAAUAAAGAGAUGGAUGACAGAGAGACUGGCAUGUUGUGUAGCACUGAAAUGUCUAACGCAGACAUUAUAAAAAUUAAGGAACUAAAUAUAGAGGAUACGACAAGCACUGAAGUCUCUGUCGAUAUGAGCAUCAGCAAAGCAUCUACAGAAGAUCUUGGUCCUAAGGACUCCACUGUGGAGCUGAAUGGUAAUGGCAAAAUUCCCAACAGGGAUAGUGGCAUUGACAGCCCCUCUUGUAGCGUGGCAGGAGAGACUUUUCUGAAUGAAGAUGGCGCAGAACAGAAAAAAACGACUGUGACUGGUAAUCCAACAGAAAUGGAAGCUGAUAAAAAGGGUGUCGUUUUUCCUGCUGGAGCACAAAAGAGAGAUUCUGCUCAGGAUGAAGACAGUGAUAUUGAUGAGGGGAGCAGCGAAGAGCAGGACACAGUGGAGAUGCCAAAGCUAGAAUAUGUGGACGUAAACAAGUGUUCUGAGCCACAGAAACUGUUUAACAUUGCAAAUGAACUUCUUCAUACUGAAGAGGCUUAUGUUAAAAGACUUCAUCUUCUAGAUCAGGUUUUUUGCACUAAAUUGUAUGAAGCAGGGAUUCCACCUGAAGUGGUAACAGGCAUCUUUUCGAAUAUUUCUUCCAUCUAUCGUUUCCAUGAACAGUUUCUCCUGCCUGAGCUCAAAACAAGGAUUACAGAUGAAUGGAAUACAAACCCACGACUAGGGGAUAUCCUUCAAAAACUUGCUCCAUUUCUGAAGAUGUAUGGAGAAUAUGUAAAGAAUUUUGACAGAGCAAUGGACAUGGUAAAUACAUGGAUGCAGAGAUCUUCUCCGUUUAAAGAAGUUGUUCAGAAUAUUCAGAAACAAGAAAUAUGCGGGAAUCUGACAUUACAGCAUCAUAUGCUAGAACCCGUACAAAGAAUUCCUCGCUAUGAACUUCUCCUGAAAGACUACCUUAAAAAACUUCCUGAAGAGUCACCAGAUAGGAAGGAUGCUGAAAAAUCCCUGGAACUCAUUUCAACAGCAGCAAACCAUUCAAAUGCAGCCAUCCGAAAGAUGGAAAAAAUGCAUAAGCUGUUAGAAGUAUACGAACGACUCGGAGGAGAAGAGGAUAUUGUUAAUCCAGCCAAUGAAUUGAUUAAAGAAGGGCACAUUCAGAAAUUAUCAGCAAAGAAUGGCACAGCUCAAGACAGAUAUCUAUUUCUGUUUAACAGCAUGGUGUUGUACUGUGUGCCCAAGCUGCGUUUGAUAGGCCAGAAAUUCAGUGUUCGAGAAAAGAUUGAUAUUGCCGGGUUACAGGUUCAAGAAAUUGUCAAACAAAAUGUGGCUCAUACAUUCUCAAUAACAGGAAAAAAGAGGUCAUUGGAACUGCAAGCAAGGACAGAAGAGGAAAAGAAAGAAUGGAUUCAGGUCUUUCAAGCAACAAUUGAAAAACAUAAACAGAAUAGUGAAACGUUUAGAGCUUUUAAUAAUUCUUUUUCUCAAGAAGAUGAACAUCUCCCAGAUUCAUCAAUAGCAAGCACCAGUUCAGUGGAAUCUAUGCCAGGGACAGAUGGCAGCAGCAGCACAUCUGGAGGGCCUGAGUGUUGCAGGAAAUCUUCCAAAUCGAAGAGAGACAAGGAGAAGCAAGCUUGCAAAAGCUGCAGUGAAAGCUUUAAUUCUAUUACCAAAAGACGUCACCAUUGCAAACAGUGUGGGGCAGUUAUCUGUGCAAAAUGCUCAGAGUUUAAGCCACUUGCUGAUAACAGCCGUCACAACCGGGUGUGUAAAGACUGCUUUCAGCUACUGUCAGCCACCCCAUACAACUUGGGCAACGAAGCUGCAGGGGAACAAAAGAAAAAGACUAUUACAGAGAAGCAAAGCAGUUUGGGAGCAGAGAACAGUCUCUUCAACAGCCAAUUCCUGUUCCAAGAAAAAGGGAAAGCGUGGAGUAAAGUGUGGCUCACCAUUCUCAAGUCUGAGCCACUUGUCUUAUACCUGGAAGGAAGAAAUCAGGAUGGACCAAUUUCACGGAGCAUACCCCUACCAGGAUAUGAAGUUGAUUUUCCACAUUCUGGUGAGAAGUGUGAAUCAAAAUAUGUUUUCAAACUCUGCCAUUCCCAACAGACUAUGUAUUUCAGUGCAGAGGAUGAAGAGCAGCAAAUGAAAUGGAUGGAUAUUCUCACCAAAGCAUCCAAAGGGCAGACUAAUGAUCCCAGCGAAAGAGCCAACAAUCCCUAGAGUAAAUAUCUUUUAAGGUCCAAGGUAUACUUGGGAUGGAGAGGAGAAAUAACUUGAACUUGUUAUUCUUGGCACUUUGAAAAUCCAUAUGGCUUUAUAUUUCUGUACGUC